UGUAAGCUUACUACGAAAAUGUGAAAAACUCAACAAGGGAAUAAAGAAAAAAAAAACAUUUCAAAGCAACAAAUUGUCAAAAUAAGCAAAAACAGGGAAAAGGCAGAAAAUCUUUCAACAAGUUUGAGUGUGAAAGAAAAACAAGGCAGCCGAGAAGCCUGAAGAAUUCUUUAUUAAAAAAAUUAAAAGGAAUAUUUUUGCAAUUGAAAGCCUAAAAGGAAGGAAGGAAAGUUUUGCUUUUUGCCACUAUAAAAUCAAUAGCAAAAAAACACCUACAUGGAUUAUUGUAACAAUUUGGAGGAGUUGGAUGAUGAGACUUGUGAUGAAGAUAAAUCAAUACGCACCUCGGAUGAAAAUCGAAAUAACAAUUUGGAGGAGUUGGAUGAUGAGACUUGUGAUGAAGAUAAAUCAAUACGCACCUCGGAUGAAAAUCGAAAACAAAAUCACAGUGAAAUAGAGAAACGACGCCGCGACAAAAUGAACACCUAUAUCAAUGAGCUCUCCGCCAUGAUACCCAUGUGCUAUUCCAUGCAUCGAAAAUUGGACAAGCUCACCGUUUUACGUAUGGCCGUGCAACAUUUACGCAGCAUACGCGGUGCAGUGCAUGCCUAUAGUGGUGGGGCAGAGAGUAAGCCUAACUUCCUCUCAGAUCAAGAGUUGAAAAUGCUGAUACUACAAGCUGCUGAGGGAUUUCUCUUUGUGGUGGGUUGUGAUCGGGGUCGCAUAUUGUAUGUAUCGGAAUCGGUGUCGAAAGUUCUCAAUUAUACACAAACAGAUUUGCUGGGGCAAAGCUGGUUUGAUGUGCUGCAUCCCAAGGAUGUGGCCAAGGUGAAAGAACAGCUAUCUUCAUUGGACGCAUGUCCGCGAGAGAGACUAAUCGAUGCCAAAACCAUGCUACCCGUGAAGACCGAUAUACCUCAAAGCCUAUGUCGUUUGUGCCCAGGCGCCCGAAGAUCAUUUUUCUGUCGCAUGAAACUAAAGGCAGCCCUCAGCAACCCAAUCAAAGAGGAAUCGGAUAACUCAUCAUCUUCACGCAGCUCAACAAAAAGAAAAUCCAAAUUGUCUAUAGAUGACAAAUAUCGAGUCAUACAGUGUACAGGUUAUUUAAAAUCCUGGACUCCCAUCAAAGAGGAAAAUCAUGAUGGCGAUAGUGAUGAUCAGAUAACAAAUAAUGUUUCCUGUCUAGUGGCAAUUGGACGCAUACCUUCCAAUAUACUUGAGGAACAAAUACCCUCAUCCUUGGAUAAUCAUCCCAAUAUCAGGCAUAUCAAUUUCCUCUCACGCCAUUCGGUAGAUGGGAAAUUUCUGUUUAUAGAUCAAAGAGCCACUUUAGCUGUAGGUUUCCUGCCGCAAGAGAUCCUGGGCAGUAGUUUCUAUGAGUAUUUUCAUCCCGAAGACAUACCCGCAUUGGCUGAAUCCCAUAAAUUGGUUCUACAAGUGGCCGAAAAGGAAAAAGUUACCACACAGGUGUACCGAUUUCGUUGUAAAGAUAACAGCUAUAUACAACUACAAAGUGAAUGGCGAGCAUUUAAGAAUCCUUGGACAACAGAAAUUGAAUAUAUUAUUGCUAAGAAUUCGGUAUUUUUUUAAGUCACUAAAGUCCUCAUUCCACACACACACAAACACACACACACACUAUUAACUCCUGCUGCUCCCAAAAACACAAUAUCCUAAAAAGUUAAUACAUCAUAGUUAAUAAGAAUGAAAGCAUUUAAAAUA